ACAAUUUUUUAAGAAUAAUAGUAAAUAUUUUUGUUUCAUCAAUAAUUUGUUGUGAAUUUUAUUUGAGUAUUGUAUUCAAAUAUAAAAGUUUAUUUAAAACUUAUAUAAUAAUAAUAAUAUCAUUUUAAAUCAAAAUGUCUUCAGAAGGAUUGACACCACAAGAGAUUGAAGCCGUGAAGAAUAGUUGGGAUAUUGUCCGCAAAGAUGGCAAACAAUUUGGUAAUCAAUUGUUUAUUAACUUCUUUACCAAAUACCCAGCCUAUCAGCAACUGUUCAAAUCGUUGGCUAACAUACCGUUAAAUGAGUUGCAUUCAAGUAAACGUUUGUUAGCCCACACAACAAAUGUUAUGUACGCACUGACAGCCGUAGUGGACAACUUGGAGGACACGGAAAUGGUUACCGAAAUGCUCUACAAAAUGGGUGUCAAUCACAAGAAACGUAAACUCAAUGUCGGUUUGUUUAACGAGUUGGGCUCAGUCUUGUUUGACUUAUUGACCAACGUAUUGGGCUCAGAGGCUAUGGACAGUCAGCUAACCAGCGCCUGGACUAAGACCUAUUCAGUGAUUGUCGCUAAGAUUAGCGCAGGAUUUGCAUAAUUUGUUUUUAAUAAAUAUAUAAUAAAAAAGUAUAAUAAGCUAUGUUAUCAAAUAUAUUAAUAAUAAUAAUA